UUUCACACGGCACAUGAACAGUUAGCCUGAGAAUUCUUGUCGCUGUUUACAGCUCUUCGAGUCACGAUAAAAUGUCAUUUUUGGUACAUAGCUAAUUUAGGUACACUAAUGGCGUGGGUGCUUGCAUUUCUUUAGGAAUCCGCCGUCUUGGUUUGUAUAGAAAUGAAUAUUAAGUGACUAUACACGCAAGAGGACGGAAACGCGGGACUGGUGUCAUGUCGUACCAGACUGAGGUGAUCAGCUCCCAGCCUCAGGUGACCGUCACAAGCUACAAAAUCACCACCGGCUCCUCAUCAUGGAACUCCAACGUGUGCGACUGUUGUGAGGACUGUGGCAUCUGUCUGUGUGGGGCGUUCCUCCCCUGCAUCCUGGCCUGUAAGGUGGCCCAGGACCAUGGCGACAGCUGCUGCCUCCCCUUCCUGCCCGGUGCCAUGAUCGCGCUCAGGACCAGCAUCCGCAACCAAUACGGCAUCAGCGGCUCCAUCUGUGAUGACUGGAUAAUCAUGGCCUGCCUUCCCCUUUGUGGGCUCUGCCAAAUGGCCAGGGAGCAGAAGGCAAGAGGCUGAGCAGAAUCGGGGUGCUGGAAGAUUCUCAAACCUCACAACAAGACAAAAGAAGCACAACAAGUCAUGACACCAUUGAAAUUGUGGAUUAAUCUUACAUCAUCCUAAAUGAAGGUAUAAUUUGCAAUUUUGUUUCUUGGAAACAAAAACAAAAGUAAAAAGAGAUGAGAGAAAAAUAAUCUCAUGCAAUACUAUUUUCUGUGUUUAUUUCUAAUUGUUAUUAAGGCUGAUAGCCUUGUUAUGAUAUACUCAGUCAUGUUUAUGAAUAGUUCAAAUAAAUAGGAUAUUCCUGUCAUAGAGUAGCAUGAUGUUAUUGUGUAUAGAGAAAGUAUUAAUUUAAAAUGAUCUAUUCUGCCCUGUUAUUUGUUUUAUGUCCACCAACACAUACUGUCU